UCUCCAUCAUUCUCAACGCUUGUGCUGAGAAUGUAGUGAAUUCGGUCCUAUCUGAGUCACGGAUAUGCAUAAUUCACUGGCAACCGAGUGAGUUAGGUUGAAGUAUAAAGAAGGCCUUGUCCGCUCGCGUAUUUGACGUUAAAGGAUCAUCAAUUGACUUCAACUCCAAAAGAUCAUCAUCUCCCAUCACAGACAAAGAUCAUCCUCAUCACCCCGCAGUCUAGUCUCUUUCGCAGGCCAACCUCCUCACUACUCGACUUAUAAUCAGUCAUAAAUCUUCCUCCAUCCUCCCUCAACUCAUACUACUUUUUCAGUAGCCUCUCAAUAAUCGCCAACAUGCAAUUCUUCACUCUUCUCUGCCUCGCUACCUCCGCCCUGGCCCUCCCUCAGACUCUCACCAAGCGAGAGACUUGUAUGGACAAGGGCAGCAAGGUCACUGAAUGGACCGUCAAGGACUUCAAGUACGAAGCCGUCUACACCCAUAACACCCCCACAAAGCAGACAAACUCUGCCACCGUUACCUUCACCCUUCAGAACCGCGGCGUCGGUUAUGAGGGUAAGUGCUCAGCCAAGUCCACAGACGCCAAGAAGGACUUCUUCACUGGUAACACCGACUACAACUGUGAUGUUCCCUUCGAGGGCGACUCUGCUUCAUUCAAGUACAACCGCAAGUCCGGCGUCAUCUCCAUCUUCCAGCACUGGUCCUGCGUCAAGGAGGGCGGUUGGUACGAAGCCAAGGGUAACACAACCUUCACUCCCAAGUGCACCGAGAAGACCUGGAAGAACGCCCACUACAAGGCCGGCGGUGACAAGGCCUACUCCAACCGUCGGGUAACUUGCCAGCAGAAGCAACUCAAGGUUCCUGUCCUUGAGAUGCAGGCUGUCCUGUAGGGGGCAAUAUUCUUACGACCCUUGUUGUUCAUUCGCGAUUCAUGAUAACAUCUUUUAAUACCUUUUAAGCGCAAGCUUUUGGAGUUGGAUUUGGCUUUUUGGGAUACCACUCUUCAUCCACGACUACGCCGUAACGACGGACGGAUAUGAUCUACGAUCUCCAUGACAUUCAUUAGACUAAUAGCAUUAAUUGGAUUGAGGAAUACGGGAAAAGCUGCCAUAGCAGCCAUUUUAGACAAUCAAUGAAAUAAUUGCAUCG